GUCAGCGCCCGCCUGCCUCCAGUGCACCCCAUUGCCAUCACCCACACGUCCCCCCCCCCAAGGUGCGGACUUUUCGGCUCACCGACGCCCGCGCCAAACCCGGGCCCCAGAAACGAGCUGACGACGACUUUCCACCAGCCUAACCGCUCCUGUCACACUCGCAGCGCCCGCAACGCGACGUCCCCAAGACACCACCUUGUCUACCCAAGGGCCGCCCAAACAACGAUCCGCGACUCCCCAGUAGUCAAACAAACAACAUGGCUACCGCAGUCCAGCCGGCCAUGUCGAUGGCUCCCUUCAACACUCUUUCUAAUCAAUGCGUCGACCCCAACGAGUUCUUCGACUUUGGCCAGCUGCCCUCGCCUACCCAGCCCGCCACUCUGAAGCGUGAAUCGAGUGCGCCGUCGGCUAUGGCCAGUCCCACCAGCACAAACAUCGACGACGACCUUCAGACGCCCGCAAAGCCCAGCCACGAGUACGAGCUCUUCAAGCAGCAGACCGGCCUGCCCUCUGGCUCCAUUGCCGGUCUUGGUCCCAGCUACAACACCGGCUUUCCCAUGUUCUCGUCCACCGGCCUCGACGAGAUGGCCAUGAUGGGCGGCGACUCGCUCAUGGACGCUUCUUCCUGGAACUCGGGCCUGUCCAUGGACGUGCCCAUGAACAUGGGAAUCGACUACCGCCAAAACAGCUUCGUCUUCAACGAGGGCUCCCAAGACGACUUUGUCGACCCCAGCGCCAUCACCCAAGAAGAGGUCCCCAACGUCAGGGUCUGGCCUGGCAUGCACCAACAGCAAGCUGCCAUGGCCAAGGCCCAGGCCCAGGCCCAGCAGCAGCGCGCACAGCAAAUGGCCCACCAGAAGCAGCAGCAGGCCAUGCAACAGCAGCAACAGCAGCAGCAGACACGUCUGCCCUCGACCAGCCAGGCUAGCCGCAAGACGUCCAGCCCACUCAGUGAUGCCCACACCGAAGAGAUGAUUACGCGCGUCGUCGCACAGAUCCGCGCCGACAGCCAAAACGCCUCUACCACGAUGCAAGAGAACAACCAAGGCCUCCUUCCUCACAUUAUCCGCGCCAAGAAGGACGAAGAGGACAUGGACGAGGAUGAGAGGCUCCUUGCUUCCGAGGAGGGCAAGAAGCUCAGCUCCAAGGAGCGCCGCCAGCUGCGCAACAAGGUUUCUGCGCGCGCCUUCCGCUCAAGGAGGAAGGAAUACAUUGGCCAGCUCGAGGGCGAAGUCGCCAUGAAGGUCAACGAGGCUAACGAGCUCCGCGCCCAGAACCGCCUUCUCAUGGAGGAAAAUGCCCGCUCGCGCGCCUUUAUCGAGCGCCUGCUACGUCACCAGGCCUUUACUCCCUUCCUCGAGGAACUCUCGCGCGACGAAUCGCUCCAGAUCAAGGCACCCAUGACCUCCAUGGCCUCGUCCUCGGCUACCGUCACGGCUGCUCCCGCUCCCGCCUUCCAGGCCCCGCAGCCAUUCAACGGCAUGUCGCAACCCGAAGCCACCCAGGUCAGCAUGCCCAUGGCUCCCGAGCCCCAGAUUGACUUUGCCAUGCUCAACCUGAACAACUCCAACAAUGCCAACAAUGCCAACUGGAACGUCAACAACGGUUUCAACUUCCAGCAGCCCGUUGCUUUCGCCGUGACAGAGCUUCCCGAGGGUCCUUCUAACCCCCUUGACACCCAGGCCAUGUCCGGCAAGGGAUACAGCGCCAUCUUGGAUGCUGAGGACGAUGCUGCCGACGAGAUCAAGGCCGACUACCCCGUUGUCAAGUGCCCCGUGCCAUCCACCGAGUCCGCUGUCGCACCCGUUGAUGAAGCCGAAGAUGAGAACGACGAGUAUGCCCUGUACUACUCUGCGCCUGCUCGCACCACAGCUGUCCCCGCCUCGGCCCCGCUUGAGGAGCAAGAGGCACUCUUCACCAAUCCCGAGAAGGUCUUUGCACACUACUCACUCGUCCUUUCUGAUGAAGCCAACGAGACACGUCUAGCAGAGCGUCUGCAAAGGAAGAUUGCUGCCAUGAGUCCUGCCAUGCAAAGAGUCGCCGACAUCACCUCGAUGCUCGACUCAUAGUCUGCUGUCAAUCUACAUUGUCUCUGACUUUCUUGCAUCUAUUGAAAAAGCCUAGCGACGUUUUUCGCGGCUUCGUCUCAUAGACUGUUUCUUAUAUGAUUGGACGAUUCCUUUUGUUACCACAUACCCAAGUCGACUUUGUUUAGGCGCGGCUUGAGCAUAGCGCACAGCAAGCGUGCAUCUCUUUCCUUUGUCUGUUUGUUUGUCUUUUUUCUUGUACUGGGCGAGGGUAUCAAAACACGGGUUACUUAUUUGGAAUUUUG